UCUAAACAAACAAGAAAAGCGAUCUCCCCUUUUUUCUCUGUCAUUGUUUUUGAGACCAUCGAUCUAUCAGGUAUAUAUUGGUCAAGAUGAUGGCGGUGACUCGCACGCAAGCGUACAGGCACAUGGCGAUGUCGGCAGCGCACGUAGCAAGUGCGCGUCUCUUCUCCUCGGGCACAGCUGCUACCACUAAUGUGUUGGUGGCAAAAUAUUUGUCCUCUGUAAUUAUUCCUUCAAGGGAUGCGGCCGCGGGCGUAAUUUGGAAUUACGGCAGCAUCAUCUACCCCGGUCAGAGGGUCCGCAAUGCUACCACUCUGGCCCUCGGCCAUCCGGAGAAGCAGGAGGAGGAGGCUGAUCGUAGCAACUCCACUGUCUCGGUUGCCGGACACAGUGGUAGUAAGAAGGAUGAUGAAGAGAAGAUGAUUACCAGCUACUGGGGUGUAGGACCAAACAAGAUUACCAAGGAAGACGGUACUGAAUGGCAAUGGAAUUGCUUCAGACCACGGGAGACUUACAAAGCAGACACCUCCAUAGAUCUCCACAAGCAUCACUUGCCAACAACUUUGAUGGAUAAAAUGGCCUACUGGACUAUCAAGUCUCUCCGAUGGCCUACCGACCUGUUCUUCCAGAGGCGAUAUGGGUGCAGGGCAAUGAUGCUGGAGACAGUGGCAGCAGUGCCUGGGAUGGUAGGAGGGAUGCUGCUGCACUGCAAAUCGCUCAGGCGAUUCGAGCACAGCGGCGGUUGGAUCAAAGCUCUUCUAGAAGAAGCCGAGAACGAGCGUAUGCAUCUCAUGACCUUCAUGGAAGUUUCCAAACCCAGGUGGUACGAGCGUGCACUCGUCCUUGCAGUCCAAGGUGUUUUCUUCAAUGCAUACUUCCUGGGAUAUAUGAUUUCACCCAAGUUUGCUCAUAGAAUGGUUGGGUACCUUGAGGAAGAAGCAAUUCACUCGUAUACUGAGUUCCUCAAGGAAUUGGACAAAGGAAACAUCGAGAAUGUUCCAGCUCCAGCAAUUGCUAUUGAUUAUUGGCAGCUACCACCCAACUCCAACUUGAGAGAUGUUGUUACGGUUGUUAGGGCAGACGAGGCUCACCACCGAGAUGUCAAUCACUUUGCUUCGGACAUACAUUAUAAUGGACGUGAACUUAAGGAAUCUCCAGCUCCAAUUGGUUACCACUGAACUCCUAUGAGCUCCAAUUCAAAGGCUAUGCAGGACAUACAUUAGCUCCAAUUGAAUUAUCAUGCUAAGCAUACAUUAUAUCGUUUUCUUGAUUUGCCCGAGGUGAUGAUAUCCAUGGUUGAACUGUUAAAGA